AUGGCGGAUUCUUCUCUCACCUACUUCACUUGUACAUUGGGACAAGCAGCUGCCACUAAGAACGUAGCAUCUUCGAAUGCCAAAACAAUCAACGACUUUCUCGAGUCGCAGGCACAGUUAUAUCCCAGACUACCAGCAGUAGGGUUUCCAGUCCCAGUGCCAAAUAAAGGAGAAUGGAGCUCCGAGGUUUUCUCGUUUGAGGAUCUUUGCAAUGGUUCCAAAACCGUGGCUAAGGAACUAUAUCCAUACAUAAAUGCUGGAAACAUUGGAAACCCGAGCUGUGUAGCACUCCUGUGUUCUAGUUCCAUAGAUCUACUUUUCACUUGGUUGGCUCUAAUGAGAAUUGGCACUUCAGUUCUACUCAUUGCGCCCCAAUGUCAACCUGCGGCUAUAGCAUCUUUGUGCAAAUCAUGUGAUGCGUCCAUACUAUUUCAUGACCCCUCCCACAAUGACCUUGCAUCUUCUUCUGCAUCUCCCCCGGAUUCAGAUUUUGUUGCCCAACUCUUUCCUUGGAAAAGUGUGGAGAAAGAUAUUAUAAGCAUCAUUCGUGUUAAUAAUGAGACGAAUUUUGACUUUGUCCCCCUAUACGAACCCUCCGAAAACGACACUGCAUACAUUCACCACAGUUCAGGGACCUCAACUGGUAUUCCAAAGCCAAUACCUCAAAGUCACCGAGCUGCAUUUGGUGUCCUUCCUCAUCUGGAUGGCCAAAAAUCAGCUACCUUCACCACAACGCCUCUCUACCAUGGCGGAAUUGCAGAUUGCUUCAGAGCGUGGACGAGCAAUGCCUUGAUCUGGCUGUUCCCCGGCGAAACCUUACCUAUAACUCCCAAGAACAUUAUUCUAUCUCUAUCUGCCGCUUCAAGAGCGGAAACGGAAGCUUCAACGCCGCCGGUCAAAUAUUUCUCCAGCGUCCCGUACGUUCUGCAAACCCUUGCUGAAGAGCCUGCUGGGAUGGCUUUACUCCAAAACAUGGAGCUAGUGGGAGUAGGAGGAGCAGCCCUAUCACCCAACAUUGGUGACCAUCUCGUCAGUCAAGGCGUGAGUCUAGUCUCCCGCUUCGGAAGUGCAGAGUGUGGAUUUCUCCUCUCCUCUCACCGAGAUUAUGCCGUCGACGCAGAUUGGCAGUUUCUUCGCCUUCCGUCCGAGUGCAAAAGUCUGUGCUUUGAGAAAAUGGGCGAGGAGAACAGCGUGUUGAAAGAGCUGGUUGUGAAGAAGGGGUGGCCGCAUCUGGCUAAGACUAAUAGGUCAGAUGGGAGUUAUGCCACGGGAGAUGUUUUCGAACCACAUCCUCAUAUCAAGAAUGCGUGGAAAUAUCACAAUAGGAGUGAUAGUCAAAUUACUCUCCUUACGGGGAAGAAGUUUGACCCCGCGCCUUUUGAAGAUGCGAUUUGUUCAAGUUCGAACAUCGUCCGUGAUGUUGUUAUUUUUGGAAACGAGAGGCAGUAUCCAGGAGCUCUUGUAUUCCUCUGCCGUUCAACAGGUGAAAAUAAAGAAGAAGAAUCCUGGAAUGUUAUUUCGAAACAUAAUGACAAGGUGGAAAUUCACGGCAGAAUUGAUAGGAACAUGAUAGUGUGGAUUUCCGCCGACGAACUGAAACCAGAAAAGUCCAGCAAGGGGACUAUACUGCGAGGCCCAACUGAAGAAAGGUUUGCUGCAUAUAUCGAUGAUCUUUACGAAGGAACAAACCAGUUACCUCUGACUUCCAAUGUACCAGACAGUGAAGUAGGUUCUGUGACGGCAAGCAUUGUGCAUGAAGUUAUUGGUUUCGAACUCAAAGAUGACGAGGAUUUCUAUCAACACGGGGUUGAUUCAACAAAGGCUACAAAAAUCAGGUCCAAACUUCAAAUAGAACUGCACUGCCGUGGAAUAUCGUAUACGACUGUGGGAACAUUCAAGAAGAUAGCAAACCCCAGAUCCGAAAUCCGCGAGAUGCAAGAUCUCGUCGCCCAAUAUUCUCAUUUCGAUUCCCCGACAGCUGAAAAACAAAACGCUAUACCCAAGACCAGCAUAGCAGUCCUCACGGGUGCUACAGGCGGUCUUGGUGUCAAUAUACUGGAAAUCCUCCUCUCCAACCACUCUUUUUCACAAAUCAUAUGUCUAGUCCGCGCAAAAGAUGAACAGGAAGCCUUCAUAAAAGUCACCGCUAAUUUGACAGCCCGAAAACUGUCUCUCCCAGCACCAGACAGACUGAAAUGCGUGCCAUUUAUAUUGAGCAGAGCGGAUCUGGGAUUAUCAGGGGAGGUAUUGGAGGUUAUUAGAAGAGAAGCUGGGUGUUUUAUUCAUCCAGCGUCAUCCGCGCCCCUUCUACAUCCUCAUCCCCCAUCCCCAGAACUCCUCUCCCACUCCCCCCACCACUCCGACACCCUAGGCUAUUCCCGCAGUAAAUGGGUCGCGGAAUCCAUCUGCGCAUCUGCAUCCCGGAUUCCUAGCAUGCGUGGACGCGUCAAUGUAGUGCGCGUGGGUCAGCUAACGGGGGAUGCGCGGAAUGGGGUGUGGAAUAUAAAUGAGGCGUGGCCGUUACUUCUCAGUACUGUGAAGAUACUAAACUGCCUUCCUGAUAUAAAAGGGCAGAAGCUGGAUUGGCUGCCGUUAGAUGUGGCUGCGAGGGCAGUUGUGGAUGUUGCGCUAACGUUGGGGUAUAAAUCUGGAUUUCAAUCUGGAAUUGGAAUUGGAGCUGGUGCCGGGGAUGAGGAGCGUGAGCGGGUUGAGGGCGAGGACAUUGUAUACCAUGUCCUAAAUGCAUCUCCCACGCAAGAUUGGGGCGAUCUAUUGACCUGGCUUUCACGCAUCAGCACUGAGGAAUUCGAGGUCGUGGACCCGGGUAACUGGUUACGGAAAUUGCGAGGGUUGGAAGGAGAACAUCCUGCGAAGAAACUGCUGUGGUUGUGGGAGCGGGGGUUUGGUGAUGGCGAUGCUAAGGAGGAAGGAGGGGAUAUGAAGGGAAAAGGGGGUAUGGAGGUGGUGUUUAGUACUGAGCGGGCCAUGGGGGUCUCGAGAGUGUUGAGGGAGUUUGACGGGGUGGACGAGGGACUCGUGGGGGAAGAUUUGGGGGUGGCUCGAGGGGGAGAUGAGGGGGGGUUCUAG